AUGUCCUCCCCCUUCGCCCCUUCCUCGUCCAAGCCCGGCUACGGCACCAUCGACCUCGCCCUCCUCCAGCCCUCCACCCCCGUCCUGCGCACCCUCUCCUACCAAUACCCCCUCAAGCUUAUCGCGCCAUCACCCCUCUUCGUCUCCUCUCCCUCCAGCUCCGACUCCACCACACCCACCCUCAUCCACACCGUUUUCCUCCUCACCUACGGCGGCGGCAUCCUCGCCGCCGACAUCAUAAACCUGCGCGUCUCGCUCGCGCCCACUACGCGCCUGAUCCUGCUAACGCAGGGCUCGACCAAGAUCUUCAAGGCGCCGAGCCGGGAUGUGCUGAGUGCGCAGCGCAUGAGCGUCUCGCUGGGCCCGGGGGCUGCGCUCGUGUAUCUGCCGGACCCAGUGCAGCCGUUCGCGAACAGUGUGUUUGAGCAGGCUCAGGUUUAUGAGGUGCCUUCGCUCGGCAGCGAAGGCGAGGGCGAGGGCGCUAGUCUUUGUGUCUGCGACUGGGUGAGUCGCGGAAGGGGCGCGAGGGGCGAGAAUUGGGAUUUCUGGAAGUAUGGGAGUAGGAACGAGGUCUGGGCUGUUGGGACAGGUGAGGGACAGAAGGGACGGAGGUUGUUGCUGAGGGACAAUGUGGUUUUGGAUGCGAAAGGGGGUGCUGGGACGGGGAGUGUGGGAAUUGCGGCGCGCAUGGAUGGGCUGGGCGUUUUUGGGACGUUGAUCCUGAGGGGGCCGGUUUUUGAGGCGUUGGGGAAGUAUUUCAUGGAUGAGUUUGGGAGGUUGCCGAGGAUUGGGGCGAGAAUGUGGGACGAGCACGCUGAGGAAGUAGAUGUCCCGGAUGAGGAUAUAAGAAGGAAGAGGAGGCAGAAGCAGGAAGUCAGGGAUGGCUUAUUAUGGACCGCUGCUAGUGUAAGAGGCUUCGUCCUGGUAAAAUUCGGGGCUAGAGAGGUUGAGGGUGCGCGUAUGUGGCUAAGCAGCAUGCUAAAGGCUGAGGGGAGUGUGGAAAGGAAUUUUGGUGAGAGAGCUCUGCUCUGCUUGAAAUGA